CUAGGAGCUGUGUCCUCUGUUAGUUCGAGGGGUUAGAGGUCCAGCCACGAUGAUGAUUGAGGUGGUUUGCAAUGACCGUCUGGGGAAGAAAGUCCGUGUCAAAUGUAACACCGAUGACACCGUCCGGGACUUGAAAAAGCUCAUAGCGGCCCAAACUGGCACCAGGUGGACGAAGAUAGUCCUGAAAAAGUGGUACACGAUUUUUAAGGACCACGUGUCUCUGGGAGAUUAUGAAAUCCAUGAUGGGAUGAACCUGGAGCUUUAUUACCAGUAGACGGGAAUUCCUUCUCCUUGCCCACCCUGCCUUCCUCUCCCACCCUCAUUUUGACAC